AUGGCCCUCCUUGAGUCCCUGGUUGCCUGCGAUGGGAAAUUCAACGCAGAGGACUACUCCUCUCGCCUAGAAGGCAAAUUUGGCAAAGCCAGUGCCUAUGAGGUGGAGGCUGUGGAUCCGGAGAAUUGGCCAGAGCUCAAAAAUAACCCAACAGACGCAGAUGGCAAUGUGAUCGAGGCUGAAAGGAAGUGGAGCAUGCCGCUGCCUGGGCCGUGGCGACAUGGCUCCGUCAAGGGCUUCCUCAAAAACUAUGUCAGUGAGAAGAAGAAGUUCCCGAAGUGCGGCUCCGCCGAUGAGCAGGUAGAUGGCUGUUGCAAGGUUGCCCCGCUUGUCGCUCUACUGGCAGGGCAGCCCAGUUUACUGGCCAGUGUUGAUGCCGCAGUCCGCGUCGUGCAGAACACCGACAAAGCUGCAGCCUUCGCUUGCGGCUUCGCACGUGUUCUCGAGAAGCUGGUGCUUGGCACUGCAACAUUGCAGGAGGCAGUGUCUGCGGCUCAGCAGGAUCUUACAAAUCCAGAUCGAACUUUCAGAACGGCUCUUGAUGAUGAGGUGGCCAUGGCACUUGGCCGAGCGAUCGGUGAGUUUGCUGAUCUGUCGCAUGCGCAGGUUGGCUUGAAGCUGAAGCCCGAGGCUGCCACAUUUCCGUUUGCUGGGAUUUCCUGA